CAGAAUUUUAUCAAUAUUGGCAAGAUCCGAAGAUUGAUCAUUUUGUGGAUUUCUCCAGGGAAUAAUUUUCAUAAAGUAGCUUGAAAUAACGUUUAAGGUAUGGUAAACUUGGCCGAUACACUUAUGAUAAAUACGGUGACGGACGGAGCUAUGAAUUUUUUGCGACAUAUUGGCAUCUUUAAAACGCAACAACCUACUCCACAACCAGCUCAGAUUAUCGUAAGAAUGCCGCUGUGGCAAUUAGCACAGGAGGCGGGGCCCUUUGUGCGCCUGGCCGGAGUGAGCGGUGCUGCGGCUGUAGUGUUAGGUGCAAUGGGAGCACAUCGCACGUUCCCUGAACCCGAAACUAAGGAAGAUUUAAGGAAAAUAUUUGACACGGCCAACCGCUUCCAUUUCUUACACACACUUGCACUUGUUACGGUGCCUCUUUGCAAGAGACCAAUGAUUGCUGGCGCUUUCUUUAUUACCGGCAUGGCACUAUUUUGUGGGACCUGCUACUACCAUGCUUUCACUGGAGACCGUUGCUUCCGGAGGCUCACCCCCAUUGGUGGCUCUUGUCUUAUACUUGGAUGGGUUGCAAUGGUGCUGUAAACCUUUGUGACUAUUUAUAGAUGCUCAUUUUUGUUGAUAGAUGGUCAAGUGUACAUUCUAGUGUAGGUUUAUGUUUUAGACUUUAUUGCACACUUUUAAUACUUAAUAUUUGAUGUAUUAUGUAGUCUGAAUUAUAAUAUACCUGGUAUUUUAUUAUGUAUAUUUUCCAUGUUGAUACUUUGAUCAACACAACAUAGAGCAAUAAUUUUAUUAGUUAAAGUAGUAACUCCAGUUAUUAGAAUGUUAGUCAUCACAUAAUGUAAUUAGAUUUAGAUCUAUGUUAUAAUGGAUUCUCUGACAAAAUACAUAAUCAUUCUUAUUAUGAAGUACAUUCUAAUAUAUUUUUGUGAAUGUGUAGGUGGCAGUGUAUAAUAUUAAAUGGUUGUUCGGAAAUGUUAGCUGUCUUUGUUUUAUUAUCUUGUAAGAUUCACGAUGUCAACUUGAUAAUAAUAAAUGCCAAAUAUUUGAAGGUUC